UAGGUCUCUAAUCUAGCAGUAUACGAAUGAUGUAUGACCGGUCGCUUCAGGACGCCGAAGACGUCCAAGUAUGAAUUCGUCUACCCUGUCGACGAGCACUCUAGGACACUCGACGGGACAGAGAACGCCGGAGUCCCAGGACUCGGAGCUGACCUCCAGCGCGACUCAAACCUCCAAGAUUCUAAAUCAGAUGAAAUCCGAGCUGCAGGAACAAAAGCAACGUAAGCGAUUUCUCAAAGAGCUACACGCGAAGCGCGUGCAAUCCUUGCGAAAGGAACUGGAUUAUCUUAAAGCGACGGAGUGGAGAUAUCAACCUAUCGAUCGGUACUUAGAUAGGAGCCAGAGAAAUUGAAGAUGCUGUCGUUAUUUUAUAAAGGCUUACGGUAUGCUGCGAGCUACAUACGUACGGAUAAGACUCCGGAGGAAGACAUAGAUGAAGUCAUAUCUCGUCUAGAACAUAUAAACGAGAUCGACGUGAACGUACCGGUUAGGCAAACGGAAACACUAGAUAAACAAGGAUGUUACUACAGGACGGGCAUUGUCACUCGUGUCUCUGUAGAUCACAUCCUCAUAGAUGAUUGCUAUAUGUACGAAAAGAUCGAUGGAUCGACUAACAAGGUGGAAUUAGGCGAUAAGGUUUACUACCUACUGUACCUGCGGGACGAAAAGGCGCAGCCGAAAGUAGGAAAAAUUAUCAAUGUGAUAGACGACAGCUGGGACGAUUCAAAUGUCAGUACCCACAAUAACACUCAAUUGAUGCAGAAGAGCAUAGUCGCCAAAGUGAUAAAACGCGAGGGCCGAGUGGUCAUUGUCGAGCCGAAUAAUAUUCGCGUUGACCUGCACAAGGUACGAUCGGACUUCAUACCGAUAAUUGGCGAUUGGGUGACGUUAGAGUCCUUGGUCGAAUUGAAGGACAGCUCUUUGGAUCUCAACGGCGAGGUCCUGGAGGUCGACAGGAUUAAACCGUUGCGAUCUAAGCUGGACGUUGGCGUGAUCUCGGAGUACAAGCCGGGGGAAGGAGUGGGAAUAAUCAAUAAGCAGGUGAUCUUUCACAAGCCUGUGUGUGAUGCGGGUUACAUUCCCUGCAUCGGCGACAAAGUGGUGAGCGACAGCAUAGAAAGUGACCAAGGACGUUACAGCUGGAGAUCGGUGGCCAUAGUUCCGCUAACCCAGAUUUCAAAUAAGUCCAUUCAGUUACCAGGCAUAAACAAUAUUCCUUCUAUGUUAGAUUCUAAGGACUUGCUAAAAAACAAAUAUGGUAUUAUCAUAGACGAUAACUUGAGAUUCAAUUUGAACAUAGGAGAAGAGAAAACUUUGCCAGUCUCGAUACAAAACAACGGCAGUUAUGCUCACAUGUUGCAAGGCGGCUCUUUUAUGCCACAGAAGACUCCGUCUCAGUUGUCACUAGUGUCACCGGCAAAUGCAGAUACCAGCACAGUAGUAAAUUCUUUCGAAAAAUUCACUUAUACAUUUAAAUGCAAGGCACAAUUUGUCGGCAUGUCCGAGGAGCUGUUCACUUUUCACUUCAAGGACUUCAAGAUAGCGAGAGUGUUUCAGAUAACUGUCAAAGCAAAGAGCACUUCACAGAGAACUAAUUUCACAUUUAAUCCACGAAGGAAUGACAAAACAUCUACCUUGAACGAGAUAAUGGAUAUUACAUGUAUUCCCGGGAUAAGACCGAUUAAAACGCCAAAAUUUGUCAAAGUACGCACCGGAGUGUUCAAAAUACCGCAAUACAUUCGGAAUAUAGUCCAGGAUACCACAAAGUCUGUGAAAUCACAGACGGAGUGCGAGAUCGCUAUUGGAGAGCAGAUACCCUGUCUUCUAGAACCACUUUCCAUUCAUACGUAUAAGGAUCGUUUUCACAACUUGUUGUAUCUAGAGGAAAUAUCUCAAAUGCUCUUUUUGCAAAAAUACGACAUAGAAAACGCAAUCAUGCGACGAUGCGGUGAAUAUCUUGCACUUGAAGUGCCAGGAUUAGUAGAGAAGCGACCCUCCCUCCUUAUCGGUGAUAAAGCUAUAGUAUCUUUUCAGUGGGAUAGCUCUCAAGGGAAUGAAAAGUAUGAGGGUUUCAUUCACAAAAUCAGAAGCACGGAGAUCUUUUUGAAAUUUAACGAAAAGUUUCAUGAUAUGUACAAUAACGAGUAUUGUCAAGUGACAUUUAGGAAUGUGUAUACCACUAUUCAACGUAGCCAUAAUGCUGUUAACUUGGCUGUCAGUCGUCUUGGACCUGAUUUUCUAUUUCCUACCAAAGUAGUGCAAAAAGAACCGCAGUUCCAUUUGAAAGAGUAUGAGGACGAAGAGGAACCCACUCACGUGCAAGUUCGUUGCGAACGCAAUAAAUCUAACGAUUCCAGUUCUAACAAUAAUACAGCCUCUAACAAUACAAACAAUGUGUCUCCAAAAAUGUCGGUAGCGCAAAGACUUUCAAAAUUUGCUGAAUCGUCAGCUAAGAAACCAACAUCGCCGAGUACAAGCUCAGAAAUGAUUCAAAAUUGUGAAACAAAUCUGGUAAGAAACAUCGAUGAGAAUGGACGUAAUACAACUUCAAAGAUACAAAAUGGAUCGAUCGCUCACAGCGAUGAUGAACUAGAACCGUAUAUAACUCAAAUAAGGAAACGAAAGUUAAAUUGGUUCAAUCCAAAUCUGAAUUAUUAUCAAAAGGAAGCUGUGAGAAACAUAAUUUUGGGAUUAGCACGUCCAUUACCCUACGUUAUAUUUGGCCCGCCUGGAACAGGGAAAACGAUGACCUUGUGCGAGACGAUCUUACAACUUCUGGCCAUAGUUCCCGAAAGCAGGCUUCUCGUAGCAACACCGUCGAACAGCUCGGCAGACUUGAUAGCGGAACGCUUGUUGGACAGUAACAUCCUUAAACCAGGCGAUUUGGUUCGACUGGUAGCUCAUCAUUACACGGAUAGUGACGCUAUUCCUGAGAAACUGUUACCUUACUGUGCCACGGCAGAAUUAGCUGCGGAAGGAACAACCGAUAACUUCCAUCGGCACGAGAACGGAAUGAGAUUAAACUGCCCCAUGACCCUACUAGGUCGCCAUAGAAUUACCGUCGGCACCUGCAGCACGUUGGCAAUAUUGUACAACAUGGGUUUCCCCCGUGGUCAUUUCUCGCACGUUCUAGUCGACGAGGCGGGUCAGGCGACCGAGCCGGAGAUCAUGAUUGUCCUGACUUUCAUUCAUUCCGAUCACGGCCAGGUGAUACUCACGGGCGACCCAAUGCAACUCGGGCCCGUCGUACAGAGCAAACUGGCGAUGCCCUUCGGACUUGGCGAAUCAUUCCUGUCGAGACUUCUGCAUCAAUUUCCUUACCAGAGGGACCCUAUUAGAUUCAAGACCGGCUAUGAUCCCAGACUAGUCACGAAACUUCUAAUAAAUUAUCGGAGCUUACCACAGCUACUCGAUCUACCAAACAUGCUCUUUUACGAAUCAGAAUUACAGCCAUACGUAUCAUCUACGAAUAGUAUGGAAGCCGAACUAUUAGAGAGGUUGAAACCAGAACUGCCCGAGACAAGUGGCUCGACACCGACCAUAAUCUUCCACGGGGUCAAUGGUCAGAAUCACCAAGAUUCCGACAGUCCAAGCUGGUACAAUUCCGAAGAAGCGACGCAAGUGUAUCUCUAUUUAUUGAGAUUAUACAAAUACGGACUUACGCCGGAUGAUAUAGGAGUAAUAACUCCUUAUCUAAAACAGGUACACCAAAUCCGAGAUCUGCUGAUAGAGUUGGGCCUUAAAUUGCCGAAAAUUAGUAGCGUGGAAGGAUUUCAGGGACAAGAGAGGAAGGUGAUCAUUAUCUCGACUGUCAGAUCGUGCAACAAUCUAAUUGCUGAAGACGUCAAGCACGCUCUAGGCUUUGUCUCUUCGCCCAGGAGACUCAACGUCGCAAUCACUCGCGCUCGCGUUCUACUUAUUAUCUUAGGAAAUCCGAAAUUACUCGUUUUGGAUCCGUAUUGGAGAAGAGUUCUAACAUAUUGUAUCGAACAAGGAGGAUACACGGGAUGCACCUUUUUACCUUCGUAUAUAACAGAUCUUCAAAACGUAGAAAGUGUCUCGUAACAUAAUCACGUAAGUUGUAACUUAAACGGUGUCAAGAUAUUUAACAAUUACAAUUAUAUUACAAGUAUAAUUAUACUAAAUAUAAAUAUAAUAAUUAUACUUCUAAUAAAUAAUUAUAAUUUUGUUAGUUACAAUAUAACUGUCUGAAUAAGUAAGAACUGUGUGAACAAGUAAGAUCUCUUACGUGUUUACAUCCAAUAUUUCCAAUUUUAAAUUGAAACUACAGAAUUCUUUUCUAAAGUUCCUGAAUAAGGUAUCUAAUUUUUUUUGCUACUUUUCGCUAACACACGACAUAUGACCAUAAUUACAAUUUGAUGUUAAAGCUACAAUAUAAAGGUGUAAAUACACGUUUACGGUCGAGCUACCCAUUUUGACAAAUUAAAACUAUUCUUUUUUAAAGUCCCUGAGUAGGUAUCUAAUUUUUUUAUUUUUCGGACUUUUUGCUAACGCGUGA